GAUACCGAGUCUUACCAGCUUAACCUUAAAUGGUGCGAAUUACAAUCCCUUAAGCUAAACGGGGAACGAUUAACGUGGACGAAUAACCUUGAAUCGUUAAAGAAUUUUGUGGAAAAUGGCUUGAAACUACAAGGAAAGUGGUCGUCGCCCGGAGGAAACGUAAAGCAAUUCAAAAGUUCUAACAAUAAUCUCGUCAUCAACUGGUAUAAUAAGAAACAGCUAACCCUUUGUUUCCAAGGUCGAGAUGGUCCCUCCUUAAAGGACAAGUUGGUCAAGUUUAUUCAAAAUAAACAGGGAACAGAAGCUGAUACGCCUGUCUCGGAUGCUUCAACAACCGAGCAAGAAAUUCCGCCUUCGCAAGAAGCCAAUGGCAUCUGCAGUAAUCGACUAGCUUCGGCCGCCGACGCCGGACUUGAGAACAGUAUUCAAGAGCGAUCGAACUCGGUUAUCAGUGCUGAUAUUGAGGGCUUAAAACUGGAUUUACUAAUUCUUCAGAAAAAGGUUGAAGCAAAUACAAGCCUUCUGUCGACGAAAUGCAAAUUACAAGAAACCGCUUUUAGCGCCGAGCUCCUCGAUUACAAAGAGAGGUAUGAGAAGGUGUUAUCGACAUUAUCUAAAAAAGAUAAUGAAAUUGAGGUGUUGGAGGAAAAGUGUUUUUCCUAUGAGAGCCAAGUUUUGUCCUUGCAACAAGAAAAUGAUUCUCUUAAGCUGGCAAUGAAGAUCAUUAUGCAAGAAAGAAGCGAGGGCGAAUGCCGCCAACAAAAGAUAUGUGAUUGUUGGUCCCAAGUGGGCACACUUGGGAAAAGUGUGAAUGAUAAACAUAUCCAACGGCCGUUGGCGGCCUGCAAUAUAGAAACUCAGAACAGAUUUGAGCCCCUUAGAAGUGAGGUACAAUUCCAAGUGAGAAAUGAGGACAACUAUACUGCAAAUAACGAAGAAAGUCGCCAACAACAGCAACAGCAA